AUGACACCAGCACCAGCAAACAAGGACAGGUGCGAUUUUGAUCUGCCUCCACUCUGGAUUGAUUUAAAUGUUCCGAAAUCGGACGUCGAUUCUUCAGAUUCUGAUUUUGAACCGGAUGAUAAGCUACAUUCGCAUUAUAAAAGUGACUCAUUCGAGGAAGCUUUUGUUUGUGAGAAGGUGACGAAACGUGAAUCGGAGAGUCCUACCCCCAACAUGCUGGCGCACACCCAACGGACACAAAGACCGCCGUCUCCACCGUGGCCGGAAGUGACUCCGUUCGAUUUCAGCGUCCAUGGCUAUCAGUGUUACAAUCUGAUUUCUUCGAAUUCUUCAAACAUCGUCACACUUUGUCAUCUCUGUAACGAGGUGUUCGAAAAGCGAAGUCUGCUCUUGAAGCAUAUCACUGAUAGCUAUGCAGAGAACUACGACAACCUUUCAAACGUGCGUACUGUCCAAAAGCAGCAUGUAAACAUGAGAAUCCGAACGGUUCACUGGCUCGAAGAUUUUGAGAAUUCUGUAGUUUUGUUUUUUAGAAUCUCGCAUGUCUUUGAUGAUGAACCUUAUUACUGUACAAGUAUCAGGACCCAAUUAACCUCGUUGUUGAUUUUUUCAUCUUCUAACCCUUAUUGUUAUGGGUUACUCGUUUCAACUGCAGCUGUUAUGAGCAGUAAAUAA